AUGUCAUAAUAAAAAAUUUUAGGUACCAAAACGUAAUUUCCAAUGAUAUUUUUCGCAUAAAAAAUAAAUUUUAGGUACCAAAAUGUAAAAAAUAAAAAUUAUAGGUACUAAACCGUAAUUUGCCAAUGAUCCAUGGAUCCAAUUCAUGAAUCCACCAAUCCAAUUGGAUUUGGAUAAAAUGGAUUGGAUUUAAAUGGAUUGGAUUAGGUGAAUAUUUUUAAUGGAUUGAAUUGGUGGAUUGGAUUGAAAUUGCCACCUCUAACCGAUAUGAAGUUGUGAACAGUUACUGACCAAAGGAACUGCUUACUCGUGACAUGUGUUACCUACUAUUGAACACAAACCAUCGAUAUCAUAGUGUGACUGUGCGAGAGUGUUUUCCGGUCACAUAGCAUCAAGCGACUGCCAGUGCCUCCCUCCACUGCCCUUGGAUGUGACGAGCUGCAGCCACGAGUACGAAUUCGUCAAGCCCGUCAACACUGUCCACCACCGUUGAAUUCCAGAUCCAACGGUCUCAAUCAAAGCAUCCGCUCGAUGUACCACCGGAACUUCGAAAUUACCACGAAGAAGAUCCCUUUUAUAUUCUCAUCAUUCUUCACGGAAUUAGGCAAAAUAAUAAACGGCGCAUUAAGAAAAUGGCAAAAAAAGAAAAAAAAAAGAAAACUUGAUUUUACUAUGAGCUGCCCGCUGGCUGGCUCUUGUUUUCCAGGUUUGCCUUUAGCCUGCCUUAAGGUGGUUUAACUCAAAAAGAGUGAAAACUGAGAAACCUCCCACCCAAAGCCAAAGCCCGAACCCCAAUCCCGAUGUCCGGUCGCGGUGGCGGUGACGCCGGCCCCCCACUCGGCCCGGUCCUGCAAUCCAACGGCGGUGAAUUUCUUCUCUCUUUGCUACAGAGGCCCAGCCACCACCAACAACAGCAGCCGCCGUCGCAGUUCCCCCCUACCGGCCACACUCCCUUCCUUGCCCCGCAACCGCAACAACAACAACAACAUCAACACUUUGCCCAGCGAAUUCAACCACAUCAACCGCUGCCUCUUGACCCGGCGGUUGCAGCCGUUGGCCCGAGUUUCUCUUUCCCCCAACCUUCCUGGGGAGCCAACGCCCGGGAUCUCGUCUCCCCGUCAUUGCCGCCUCACGGCUCUCUGCCUCCCGAGCAGCUUGGAUUUCCACCCAACUAUUGGCCUUCGCCGAAUCAGUUUCAAGCCCCAACUAGCCAGCCCCAAACCCUAAUCGAUGAUCUCCAGAGAUUAGGGUUUACGAGCAUUGACGCCAGCGUCAACAAUGCCAUCCAGGGUUUGCUGCUGCAUAAGCAACAGCAGCAGCAAGUACAGCACCAUUUACAGUUCGGUUCGUUCCAGAGCGAACCACAGAUCGUGGAUAACGCCGCCAAAGAGCUGGAAAAGGCGCUAGGCAAUGCCUACUCCAAAUCAUUUGAAAAGAAUCCUCAAUCCGAUGGGCAUCUAAGCUCGUCGGCUCCUAGAGAUGUAAGUUGCAAUGUGCAGGAUCGCAGCAGGGCUGGCAAUUGGGGAAAACAGCAGCAGCAAGAAGUAGGGAAUCACAACGCUAUAGGACAGCGAAAGCAGCCGCCUCCGGGGUUUUCUAAUCAGCAGAAAGGAGGGCUUUGGGAUAAUGGGGGCAGAGGAAGAGAGUUUGAUAGCAACAUACGCAGAGAAAGAGGGAAUAAUCAUCCUAGUGAGCACAAUAGCAGAGGGGAAUGGGUGAAGCGUGCUAACGGCGGCUCGCUUGAACCUGGAAUCACUAGACAGCUAGACACGCCUGGUCCUCCUUCUGGCAGUAAUCUGCAUUCUGUUUCUGGGUCCGAGGUUGAAGCAUCAAUGAUGCACUUGCAUUCCAAGCUGGUUGAUGAUGAGCAGGAUGAUGAUGGUCGUGAAUUGGAUGAUCAUGGUGAAGAACUUGUUGAUUCUUUGUUGCGUGAGGGUGAACCUGAUGAUGGUGGGAAAGACAAAAAGCAAGGUCGAAAUUCUCGUGAAAAGGAAGCAAGAUCGGAUGACCGAGGUCAACGAAUGCUAAGUCAAAGGAUGAGAAUGUUUAAGAGGCAGAUGGUAUGUCGAAGAGACAUAGAACGAUUCAAUAGGUCUUUCCUUGCAAUUUAUGAGUCACUCAUACCACCUGAGGAAGAGAAAGAAAAGCAGAAGCAGUUACUGACAAUGUUGGAGAAACUAGUUAACAAGGAAUGGCCAGAAGCUCGGUUAUUCCUUUACGGUUCCUGUGCUAAUUCUUUUGGAGUUUCAAAGAGUGAUGUUGAUGUCUGCCUUGCAAUCGAAGAUGGUGAUACGAGAAAGUCGGAGAUCUUGUUAAGGUUGGCAGACAUAUUGCAAUCUGACAACCUCCAAAAUGUGCAGGCACUAAUCCGAGCCAGGGUGCCCAUAGUGAAACUUAUGGAUCCAGCGAGUGGGAUAUCAUGUGACAUAUGCAUAAACAAUGUUCUUGCUGUGGUAAAUACAAAGCUUCUACGGGACUAUGCGCAGAUAGAUGUCAGACUACGGCAGUUGGCUUACAUUGUAAAACACUGGGCCAAAUCAAGAGCAGUUAAUGAAACUUACCAUGGAACUCUUUCCAGCUAUGCGUAUGUUCUCAUGUGCAUUCACUUCCUACAGCAGCGAAGACCUGCAAUAUUGCCAUGCUUGCAGAGAAUGGAGGCAACAUACUCCGUCACAGUAGACGGUGUCCAGUGUGCUUACUUUGACCAAGUGGAGAAACUCCAAGGGUGGGGAUCGAGGAAUAGGGAGACAAUUGCUGAGCUGGUGUGGGGUUUCUUCUAUUACUGGGCUUAUUGUCAUGAUUAUGCUAAUACAGUUGCAUCUGUGCGAAUGGGGAGGACCAUCAGCAAACGGGAGAAAGACUGGACGAGGAGGGUCGGGAACGAUAGGCAUCUGAUAUGCAUAGAGGAUCCAUUUGAGGUGUCUCACGACCUUGGAAGGGUGGUGGAUAAGUUUAGCAUUCGAGUGCUGAGGGAAGAAUUCGAAAGAGCUGCUGAUAUCAUGCAGCAUGAUUCGAAUCCGUGUGGAACACUGUUUCAACCCUAUGUUCCCCCUUCUAGUUGAAGCAUAAGCCAGCUGCUCUUUUUGUGUGUUUUAAGUUAAGGUUGGUGUUUCGAGUUGUAGAAUUUCAUGUAAAUUAUGUGCUUCUCUACCCUGUUUGGUUUGGUGGUACCCAAAAAUUGAGGGCAAGGAAAGGAGUGGGAGGGAUUGUCGAAUUGGUUGUACGCUUCCAUGAAACUAGUGCGUCCAACAAUUGAGAGCCGCCAAGUUCAUUCCCUGCUGCUUAUGGUUGUAUCUCAUUUUUUUCUUGUCCAUUUGGCACUACCAGUUAUUCUUCAUGCGGCUCAUAAUCGCUUAUGGCAUAUGAAAAUGAUGGUAAAGUCGUUGGAUAAGUUCCGUACUUGGAACCGUGAAGCGGUGGUUGCGAAAUUUCUGGCAGGUGGGAACGUUCCCUUCCGGCGGGAGUAACCGACUAAGUUAUUUAGGGCUCCUAGUGUCUCCUUCCGGCGACGGGCUUGUUACCAGAUGGCGAUUGGAUUCUUUCGCGCAUCUUCAGAAGUUGGCCAUGAUGCAAAGAUGCCCAAUGAUUACCCCUCGAGUGUUAGGUGAUUGUCGAGGGUAAAUAUCUCGGAUACCAUUUAAAUUUGAGAAUUGGAGCAGACAUACCACUUAAGUUUGAAUAGAGCGUCGGAUAUCAUUAAAGUCGCCAAAAUGUGCAUUCGUCCAGUUUUCCAUAAAACCCAAAAUUUUAAUUACUUUUUGGGACGCAAAACUUUUAAAAAUAUCAAAAACUAUAUUUAAACAAGUUUUUAUCUAAUAUAUAAAUUAAAAACCUUCUAAACAUAAUUUUACUAAAAUGGCUAAUCAAAAUUGUCAAUAAAAUAGAUAAAUUAGUAAAAAUAAUAAAUAUCAAGAAUAAUAAUAAAUAUAUAGCAUAUAAUAAUAAAUAUUUAAAAUCAAU